AUGCAAUUCGCAAAUCAAAUGAAGAUUCUAUUGAUUUUUUUAUUCAUAUUAUCACAUUCUGUAUCUGGCGGCCCAUUAACAUAUGCUGCUUGUCAAACGGCUUGUAACAAGGGUGCUAUGUCUUGUUACGGGUCAGCUGGUGUUAUUUUUGGUGUAGGAGCUGUUCUUACUUGUGGUCUAGCACAAGGAUCAUGUAUGAUUGCUUGUACUCCACUUUUGGCACCAGUAACACCAUAA